AUGUUAUGGAUCUUCACCUGUUUUACAGACCUGACGUUACAAGAAAAGUUCUGGAAAAGGACUGGGUAUAGUCUCCACAACUACAAGGAAAAUUAUGAUAAGCUUCCGACUGCGCCGGCCUCCGAUCUCCAUUCGAAGAGGGAUCGAAAAAGGUUUGAAACAGGAUACGUAGACGCAAAUGACGCCAGAAUACUCGCCUGGAAGAAGCAGCAUCCAAUGAUUCUCGACGAGGAUUUCCCAGAGGUCACGGGCACCUACGGAAGGACGAGGCGGGGCCUGCUCUUUUCAACCAUGAAUUACUUGAUCCGGCAAUACUUGCAAUGCAAGCCCAGAGAACAAGCCAUGGAGCACCAGGCUCUUAUGCAUUCUGCAAAUGAACUCUACAAUGGUGCUCUGCAUGAUGUAAAGAAGCUACAAUUGCGCCAACUUUUGAUAUCCAGACUCCAAAUGAAUGGACAGACAAGCCAACCAACUACCACUUUCAAGAACUUCUUCGAUAGGGUAACUGGGUCUCGGCUCUUCCAUGUCGAGAUCCAUCCCAACGGCAAGAAAUCCCCAUACUACCGCAAGCCCGCCCAAUGUCUGGCAGCCGCCAUGGCCCUCGCUGUGUAUAAUGAAGGCGAUGUGGAGGCUGCGAUUAAGAAGCUUUGGAAGAUACGGAAGAGUAACAGGCUGGAGGAUCCAAUUACUUUGGAAUACAUGAAGUCCGCUCGCUAUACUGAACUACGUUGGUGCAAGGAAGCCAGGGAAGUCGCAGCAGUGACCUAA